CUCCUCACCAUCCACACAAUCUGCCAAACUCAGUGCGUUCCUUUCUCCAUCCUCCGCCCAGCUGUUACAUCGCGUCAAACGUGCGUGCGAACCAUCACGACACGUCUUUUUUUUUUUUUUAUGUUAAGUGAUGUAGAGUGAUUCACCCCCUAAGGAGGAGCUAAUUUAAGAGCGCGGAGUGCCGGGAGGAGGAGCGGGCAGAUCGGGUGCGUAGUUUCCCAGCUCUUUCUUCCCCCUCUCCGGGUACCGCGGAUCUUUCUUUUUAGAGAGGCGCGGUGGGAGAAGACGUUCAGAAUGGAGCGGAUGGAGUCCAUGGAGCCGAUCUCGGCGUGCUACACCACGGCAUACCCGGAGAUCAACCCCGACAGCGCCUACGACUCCGGAGAGAACACGGAGAACCAGGCGAAGACCCCACCAGCCCCGAACUAUGACGAAGACCUGGUGCACAAGACAAUCUUGGUCGGGGACAGCGGCGUAGGGAAGACGUCCCUUCUGGUUCAGUUUGACCAGGGCAAGUUCAUCCCGGGCUCCUUUUCGGCUACGGUCGGAAUUGGAUUCACGAAUAAAGAGGUAUCUGUGGACAACGUAAAAGUCAAACUACAGAUUUGGGACACAGCAGGACAGGAACGGUUCAGAAGUGUGACUCACGCAUAUUACAGGGAUGCACAUGCUUUGCUACUUUUGUAUGACAUCACCAACAAAUCGUCAUACGACAAUAUCCGGGCUUGGUUAACGGAGAUCCAUGAGUAUGCGCAGACCGAUGUAGUCAUCAUGUUGCUGGGUAACAAGGCUGACAUGAGCAGUGAGCGAGCGAUCAGGAGAGAUGAAGGAGAAAGGCUGGCCAGGGAGUAUUCCGUCCCUUUCAUGGAGACAAGUGCCAAGACGGGAGUCAACGUAGAGCUCGCCUUCACAGCAGUAGCCAAGGAACUGAAGCACCGGGCCGCCCAGCACCCCAAUGAAUCCAAAUUUCAAAUUCAUGAAUAUAUUGAGUCACAGAAGGAGAAGUCCGCCUGCUGCAGCUACUUCUGAAUCUCACAUCCAAAAAAAAACAGGCCGUCACGGACACGAGGAGAGCUGAGUGGGAGGAGGUCGCUGCUGCUGCUGCUGC